CUUCUGUUACUCUUCGUUUCUUCGUUGGGUAGGUGGAGGGAGGUGCCUCAAAUGACCAGUUCUCAUGCCACGACAUCUCAUCCUGCAGUAUAUGCUACUGCUGCCUCUGCUGCUGUCUAAGGUGCAAACAGGGCCUCUUCCUGAUGAUCCUCGGCCUGAUGUGAGUCCGGUUGGUGGCAGCCCCAAUGGCAGGCAGAAUAAUAAGUCCAUAUUAUAGCUUUGGCCUUGCCAUAGCGUUUGUGGCGAACAGGUUCGUGGACCGGGGACUCAGGGACAUCAAGCAGACAUUGCAACGCAGUACGGACGACACUUGUGCUUUUCUGAAGAAUGUGGCUGAACACAUUCACCAUUUGAUGGUGUACAACUACCAGGAACUGGAGUCGUACCUCGACGUGCAUAUAAAUGGUGAGUGCAAAUGGCAAGGAAAUGCCAACCGCCCAUCUCCCUGCCACCUAUGUAACUAUGUAGGCCAUCGUCCUCCUCAUCGGCACAGCCUAACCAGCCUCCCUAAGGACACUGCAGACCAUAAGGACACUGCUCGAUGCGGUGGAAAGGUCCGAGAAGUUUAUCCAAAUUUUAGGCACGAAUUUAAUCAAUGUCCUGGCGAUAAACCUUACCGCGGUAAUCAACGAACGCAUCAAAGACUAUGUUGAAAGGGUGAUCUGGGAGAGCAUGACGAACGUCGGACGUUGCCAGCCCCUCGCCUACAUUUACUAUCAAGGCGUUCACUCCGUCUGUGCCCGUCUAGUGGAUCCCAUCAAUGCCUUUUGGUUGGCCACAAUCAUCUGCGCCCUGCUCCUUCUACCGACACUCUUUGUGUGCCAUCGUCUGAUGUGCUUGUACCUCAGAAUCUAUCCCGAUUCAGUUGACGAUGCAGCAGGUGGAGUCGUGGGUGGGUGAGUCCUCAAGGCAGCUCGUAUGCCCAGCAGAAUGACUGAAAGCUUUCCUUCCCGCAGCUGUCCCUUCUGCACAGUUCUG